AGCCAUUUUGGCUCAAGCCGGCAGUGCUCAAAUUUCCCUCGUUUCCCGCUCUAUUGCCCUUUGUCCCAAGUCCUGUUUGGGCCUCUCAUGGAAAUCAGCGGCGUGACGUUCGGAGUGCAGGACUUCCGGCAGCAGGGGCGCACGCGCGAGGAGUACCACCGCCUGCUCUCGUCCCAGGCGGGCGACACGCGGAACCGAAUCUUCAACGUAGAUUCGGGCGCGAGCACCUUCAACAUGAACUCGCGCGCACGGAGCCUCGGGCUCCCAGGUGCACACCCAAAGGGCGAGCAUCCGCGGACAAGGUCAUUUGUGUCAUCGAGCCUUACCAACGGAGACUGCUUGGCCGAAAAGCUGCGCUGGAGGCUUCUGCUUCGAGUGGCAGGAACGUCGUCGGCCACGUGAGCAUCAAGGACGGCAGGGUGUACCAGGGCACGCGGGCCAGCUUCUCGCGGCUCGCCUGGAAAGAGUCGGGCCCCAGGGCGCGCGCGCCCGUGCAGCCCAAGAAGGCGUAGCACGGCGAGCUCCGUAGCCAUUUUGGCUCAAGCCACUCAAGCUCAGGGCGGCAUAUCAGAGGCUCACGCGCCAGCUUGUGCCCACGGCCGCGGCUUUUCUGGUGAACCCGAAGGUUGCCCUGUCCUCGAGCUCGGCCCGUCCGCAAAGCCAUGCCCGCGGACGUUAGCCACCCCCAGCUGACCCGGCUCCCCUGCGAGAGCGGGCCUUCCGACCAGGAGGAGGGCGCCGCUGCCGGCGGCGCCGCCGCGCGCGCGCCCGCGGCGCGGGCGGCGGCCCCGCUGGCGGCGGUCGCGGCGGCGCUGCUGCUGCUGGUGGUGGUGGCCGGGCGCCCCGCGGGGGCCCGGGCCGGCGCCAGGAGCAAGGGAAUUGUCUCCAUGUCGUCUACGGGCGAGUGCAUUCUCUAUGGGUACUCUAUGCUCGAGCCCUACGGCACCUCGCAGGCCGAGCUUUUCGAAGCCGAACCCGGGUGGGUCUGGCUGACCAACAGCAGCACCGUCGCCGUGCAGGGACUUCUCGGCGAGUUGGAUCCCCCGAAGACAGGCGAAGCGUUGGUCCUGAAAGAGAUCACCAUCGGUGGCCCCAGCCUGUACGGAGGCGUGGUGCACAUCGCGGCCCACGAGACCAUAUGGUAUCCGCCAAGCGGUGAGAGAGUUAUCAUCCUCGCCGAGGACAUGUCGCUGUGGUCGUUGCCAGGCGUCCUCGAAACGUCGGUGGAUCACAAUGGGGAAUCGGUCCAGCCGGAUCGCGCGGAUCUCCCGAUGCAUGUGGUGCAUGCGAAGCUUGGGGGCUUCGAAAUGGAGGUCGAUCGGUGGAACGACGUCGGCACCACCGAAAAGUUCAUGAAUGUCAAGAUCGUCAAGCCCGUGGAGAGCUCAGAGACAGGCCUCUGCCCGAAUUCCGAAGGAAUAGCGGUACCAGAUGCCGAAGUGUUCGCCGUCCAUCAUAGCCCAUCACCAACGGGCGAUACUUCGGCAGGCGCACAGGCCUCGGCCCUUGUUAACUCAGGAGGCAUCCAUAUCUUCGCCAACGGCAGCAACUUCUCGACCGCCUUGGAGAUCGCCUCGAACACCUUGGAGAUCGCCUCGAACACCUCGAACGCCUCGAUCGCGUCAAUCGCAGACAAAUCAGGCACUGCAGACACGUUCCUGCAUUUCGUUUUGAUUUGGGCCAUUGCAAGUUCGGUUGUGCCGUUCAUUAUGUGAGGCGCGAGCGACGGUAGUAGUUAGAAGGAUUAGCCAUCUGUGCUCAAUAGGAGCACUUUUUGGGUAGACCCCUCGGCUUGCAAGGGGUGAACAUGGCAUGGGGACGGUCAUGGAGCGCACAGUUGAGCUGAACUUUUUUAUGUUUGAGGAUUUUCCACACUGAUCAUUUUUCUCGCGAGAGCCGUCCGGAGAGCACAAAGACAGCACGUUCAGAUUAAUGUUUGUUUCGUGCGGUUGUUCUAGUUGUGGCCAGCUUUCGCAGGAGUGAUGAAGAGGUAUGCUGGACAUUACCUUUAUCUCGCAGAUCAUCCCGACUGCGCUAUGGAACCUGCUCAGCGCCACGCAGCGUAGGUUUUCCAGGUGAUUUUUGACCAUCUGGCGCACCAUACAAAAA